GCCGGCCGGCCGGCCAGGGCACGGGGCAGGCGGCUAGGACGGCCCCGGUCUAGGUGGAGGCCGCAGAGGGCCCAAGGCAAGCAGAGGCAGCAAUGCUUGGUCCUGAGGGUGGCUGAGCCCCCAGCCCCUGGAAUAUGCAGCCCGGGGGAGCCCCAGGCAAGGACGCGGUGGCGGAGUGGGGCGGAAGGCAUGGUCUCCACCUACCGGGUGGCUGUGCUGGGGGCACGAGGUGUGGGCAAGAGUGCCAUCGUGCGCCAGUUCUUGUACAACGAGUUCAGCGAGGUCUGUGUGCCCACCACCGCCCGCCGCCUCUACCUGCCUGCUGUGGUCAUGAACGGCCAUGUGCACGACCUCCAGAUCCUGGACUUCCCACCCAUCAGCACCUUCCCUGUCAACACACUUCAGGAGUGGGCAGAUGCCUGCUGCAGGGGACUCCGGAGCGUCCACGCCUACAUCCUGGUCUACGACAUCUGCUGCUUUGACAGCUUUGAGUACGUCAAGACCAUCCGUCAACAGAUCCUGGAGACGAGGGUGAUCGGCACCUCGGAGACGCCCAUCAUCAUCGUGGGCAACAAGCGGGACCUGCAGCGCGGGCGCGUCAUUCCGCGCUGGAACGUGUCGCACCUGGUGCGCAAGACGUGGAAGUGCGGCUACGUGGAGUGCUCGGCCAAGUACAACUGGCACAUCCUGCUGCUCUUCAGCGAGCUGCUCAAGAGCGUCGGCUGCGCCCGCUGCAAGCACGUGCACGCCGCGCUGCGCUUCCAGGGCGCGCUGCGCCGCAACCGCUGCGCCAUCAUGUGA